AUGAGGCCCCUCCACCUGAUAGCCGCAGCAUGCGUAGCACGCGCCCAGAACGCAGUCCUGCUCUGCGGCUCGGCCCACACCGGCACGCACCACGUCAAGCUCGCGCUGGAAGCCCUCGGCCUCGAUGUCACCGUCGACCACCCGCACCUCGCGCGCUACGAGGCGCACCUCGCGGCGCACCCCUCUUCUAAAGUUCUGCUGACGACGCGCGACGCGGGACGGUGGCGGACCAGCAUCCAGCAGAGCCGGCCCGAGGCGGCGCUCGAGAAGGCGCAGGCGCGCCGCGAGGCCUACGAAAAGGGCGUCCGCGCCGCGGCGACGACCUUGCUGGAGCUCGACCUCGAGGCCGGGGCGUCGUACGGCGCGUUGUGCGCGUUCCUCGGUAUUAGCGAAGGGUGCCCCGCCGCGACGGACACGCUGCCGCGGAACCUAGCUAUGCAAAAGCCUCCAAAAAUCGCCCCGCAGAACCACGAGUCCGUCUCAUCAUUACUCGCGAUGGCCCGCGUGCGGUCGACCGUCGUGGCGUGCAAGGCGGCUCUACUGGUCUACCCGGGCUUCGAGGAGCUUCACCGCACGGCGAUCGACCGCGCCGACGAGGAGUGGCCCCUCGGCUGGGAGCUGCGCGAGUUCCUGCCCGAGGUUUUUGUGGUGGAUAGCGUGUUGCACCACCCGUGCCGCGCGCCCUUCGACCCGUCCCAAAAAUUGCCGCUCGUGAGCACGCCGCGGCUCUUCGUCGUGCCCGCGGCCUGGCGGGUCCUUUCGCUCGUCCAGGGGGCCCAGGAGCUGCUGAAGCGCGCCUGGGCGCUUUUCGAUAAGGUCGUCGCCGGGAGGUACUGGGAGCCGCUCAUGGAGCACCACGUGCUACUGCACAUCUCGACGGCGCGCGUGGUCGACGCCUGGGGCCGGCGUUUGAUGGACCACCGGCUGAUCGUGCCGCACCUCGAGGGCCCGAACGGCGACCACCGCAAGGAGGUCCUCGUGCCCGGGCCGCGGACGGUCGUGGCGCCCUACUUCGUCGAGCCGCCGCGCCUCGUCGCCGCCGCGCUGGACGCGGCGGGGCUCGCGGCCGCGCCGCGGUCGCGCGUCUUCCUGCGCGCCGCGGGCCAGAAGGGCGCGCGCGCGCGCCACGCCGUCGCCGCGGCGUUCAGGAAUGUCGAGGGCGCCGACGUCACCCUCGUCGAGAACCGCUACGAGGGCGUUUCUAAGGUGCGCGGGGAAACCGUGAAAGGCGCGUCGAGCGACGCCACGCGCCGGCACUUCCUGGACACGGCGUCCAGGACGCGCAACGCGACGUUCUGCUUGGUUCCUUCGGGUUAUACGGCCUCGUCGCGCCGCUUCUACGAGGCGCUCGCGGCCGGCUGCAUCCCGGUCGUCAUCUCGGACCAGUUUCCGUUGCCGUUCCGCGACGCGCUCGACUGGAAUAAAGCCAUCGUGCGCCACGGCCAGCGCGACGUCGCGUCGCUGCCCCGACGGCUCGCGGCGAUCGGCGACGAGGAGGUCGCGCGGCGCCGGGCCGCGGCGCUGGAGUUGUUUGACCGCGUCGACUACGCGUCGGGCGCCGCGGUGGACAUGCUGCUCGACCGCUUCGCGGCGCUCGUCGCGCCGGGGACGAGAUCCCGGCCCGGGCCGGACGUCAGCGUCGAGCUCGUGGCGACGGGGCCGCUCCGCUUUAGAAAGGGGACGCAAGACGCCGCGCGGGCGAAGCAGUGCCUGCCCGCCGGGCUCGUCGCCGGCGCGCUCGGGGUGGACGCGACGCGCAUCGCGGGUAGCGAGCGGGCGCUCCGAGUCCUCCUCGACAAAGCGGCCGUGCUCGCCGAUACGGCGCCCCGCGGCGACUGCGACCGGAAGCUGUUCCUCGCGGCGGCGGCCGCAGCGCUGCGCAUGGCGCACCCGGACGAGGUUGUGAUUAAUUAAUGACUUUACUUACUUCAAAACCACAACAACAGC